UUAUCAAUUUCCCAUGUUUUUGUUUAUGAAACGAACGCAUAGAAUUCUCGUCAUUCGUUAACUAUGGCUCCCAUUUUAUACUCGAUAAAAGCAAGUCCGGCGGUACGAAGUGUUUUAAUUGCGGCAAAGUUUCUGAAUUUACCCCUAGAGGUACGCGAACUCGACUACUUUGCGGGAGAGCACUUAAAGCCGGAAUUCCUCCAGUUAAAUCCUCUGCACACCGUUCCAACGUUGGACGAUGGCGGCGAGGUGAUUUGCGAUAGUCACGCGAUUACCCCUUACCUCCUGGGUAAAUAUGGAAGAGACGACUCGCUCUACCCCGAAGAUUUGUACCGACGCGCCUUGGUCGAUCAAAAAAUGGCGUUCGACCUAGGCACCAUUUACCCCACACUGGGAGCCGUUGACUUACCUUACAUACGGGGCGAGAUCAAAUCGCUCCCUCCAAAGUUGGCCAAACAAAUCGAGCGGGUUUUCGACUUUUUGGAAGCGUUCUUGAAGAAUUCCGAUUGGAUCGCGCUUAGCACUUUCAGUCUUGCGGAUAUUCAUUGCUACACGUCGAUUUCUUCAUUAAAUUUUCAUCUGAAAUUGGCCGAGAACGCCUGGCCCCACAGCUAUCGGUGGAUGAGGCGUUGCCAGAGUUUGCCAAUUUUCAGUGACGACGCUGAAGCACUGAAAACGUUUGAGGAACUUUUUCGGAGUUUCCAAUCGUGUAGUAAUUUGUAAUUACACUCACGUGAAAA